AUGACUAUUCUUCCGGUGAAAGUAUGGUUUCAAAAUCGACGAAUGAAGCAUAAAAGACAGACAUUAAGCAAAGAAGAUGGUGAUGAAAAAGAUGUUCUAUCUUCAGAUGGUGUGGAAAAUCUUACAGGAGAUAAGACACUGACGGACGAGGAUGAAAAGAAAAAUUGUCAUAAAUGUGAUAUUACUGGUGGAGCUAAUACUCUUAAUGAAAUUAAUGAUAAUGGGUUAUCAAAUUCUAGUAAACAUUCGUUGAGUGCUUUAAAUAAUAGAGGUGCGAGUGGAAGUAUGACUUUUAGCAAUAAUAGUAAUGGCGCUAGUAGUAUCGGUAGUACAAAUAGUGUAUCAAGUUCAUUCGAAAGACUUGUAGCUGAGGAUGAUUCUCGAUCUAACGAUGAAAGUGCAAUAGCAUCUCCAAAAAGAACUACCAAAAAAACCAUUGAAGUGAAAAUUAAAAUAGAAGGUGAUCAUAAGAAUUUUAAUUCUCUUCAAAAUCAAUUAUUAAUGAGCCAGGAAUCCCCAAGAAACACAACAGAAAUAUCUUCAACUGCAAAUAGUAGAACCCGCUUAACUAUUUCGGAUUCUACCGGAGUAAAUUCAACUGCAUCUGGACAAACUUCUUCUACGAGAAGCUUGACACCAUCGUCAACACCUGGAACUCCAGUAUCUACUCAACUGCCGCAAGGUAGCCCGUUAGGAAUACAAUCUAAUCAAAAUCCUUACAUACAAAGACCAAGAAGUUCUCCAUCGUCAGCAAGUUAUACUUCAAGUACUAUUUUGAAUAAUCUUGCUAGCACUGACCACAGAACAUCCCAAACUUCAUCAAAUAUUCCUAUCACAUUACAAAUGAAUACUCAAACACUACACAAUACGUACCAAACAGUAAAAACCUUUGAGUAUCAAAAUAGGCAAACUUUAAGUAAACAAAACUUUGCGAUUUCAGCUUAUCAUGAUCAAUCUCAAAACAUAUAUAGUAAGAGAGAUACGUAUCACCAACGUACGUUGCUUAGAAAUGAAUUACAUCCGCUUUAUCCUCGACAAAACCAUGCAACUUCAUCUUUACCAAAUCAAAAUAAAAAAACAAAUACAACUACAAAACCUAUAUAUAACUCUUCGAUGCAAUAUCAUCAGCAACAAACACUUUAUUUACAUGCAGAUGAUUACAAUGGAUAUUUACAAAAUGGACCGAACUAUCAUGCAUCAUAUCAUAGAAAUAUACAAGGUGGAAAUAUAUAUGGUGUCAAUCAAACGUACUCUAACUCUCACAAUGAACAUACCUCUGAUGGAUAUGUAAGUAGUAAUAAUUACAGUUAUACUACAUCAGAAAUAUAUCAUAAUACAGAAGAAAAUAUAAAUAUACACGAUCAUUCUGGCAUAUCUUUACCAACGGGUCAUAAUUAUUAUGAUAAUGUUUCUGUACAACAACCGCACCAAGAAAGUUCUACGGAAAUAUAUGCUGUUCAUCAACCAUCUAUUUUAUCGAAUCAAAGUGAUGAUAGAUAUUUAAGCAAAUAUUCCAAUUCUUACUAUGCUCAAAAUCCACCAUUACAGAUACAUCAAGGUGGUGAAGCAUCAAAUAUUCCAAGCAAUUAUGUAUCAUCUCCAGAUCCUUUCCCAACGCCUGGAAUGACGAAUGCAGCAACAGCUAUCGCUGCUGCUACUGCCACCGUCAUCACUCCUUCUGAGAAUAUUGGACAAUUAGAGAAUAACAGUGAAUCAUAUGCAAACACAGGUAGUUUUUAUGUUGACCCAACUCAUGCUGCAGCACCUUCACCCUCGGGAGAAAUCAGCAACAAUUGCUCUGAUUUUAAUUUUCUCAGCAACUUAGCCAAUGAUUUUGUGCCAGAAUAUUACCAACUGAGCUGAGCCUUGAAUAAAUAAUUGUAUCAGCAGGACUGACUUUUUGAUGCGUGAUAAGAUAGAUUUAAGUACAUAAUUUAAUGAACUAUGGUAAACUAUGUAGAUUAAUUAAAUAAAAUAAAAAAUUUCCUCAUCAUUUGA